AUGAAGCAGCUGUGUGGUUUUCUGGAGAGUCCAGGAUGUGGACUUGAAACUCUGAGAUUGAGGAUCUGUGGUUUGUCAGAGAUCAGCUGUGAUUAUCUGGCAGCAGCGCUGAAGUCCAACUCCACCUGUCUGAGAGAGUUGGACCUGAGUGAGAACAACCUGCAGCAUUUAGGAGAAAAGCAGCUGUGUGGUUUUCUGGAGAGUCUAGGAUGUGGACUUGAAACUCUGAGAUUGGAGGACUGCAGUUUGUCAGAGAUCAGCUGUGAUUAUUUGGCAGCAGCGUUGAAGUCCAACCCCUCGUAUCCCAGAGUACUGGACCUGAGUGGAGACUACAACAACCUGCAGGAUUCAGGAGUGAAGCAGCUGUGUGUUCUUCUGGAGAAUUCACGAUGUCGAUUUGAAACUCUGAGAUUGGAGAACUGUGGUUUGUCAGAGAUCAGCUGUGAUUCUCUGGCAGCAGCACUGAAUUCCAACCCCUCCCAUCUGAGCGAGCUGGACCUUAGCUGGAACAAGCUGCACGAUUCAGGAGUGAAGCAGUUAUGUGGUUUUCUGGAGAAUCCAGGAUGUCGACUUAAAACUCUGAGAUUGAGGAGCUGUGGUUUGUCAGAGAUCAGCUGUGAUUAUCUGGCAGCAGCACUGAAUUCCAACCCCUCCCAUCUGAGAGAGCUGGAGCUGUGGAGAAACAACCUGUAUGAUUCAGGAGUAAAGCAGUUAUGUGGUUUUCUGGAGAGUCCAGGAUGUGGACUUGAAACUCUGAGGUCAAAGGGCACGACACACAUGCAAUCUGUGAAACAGAAACAGUUUGGAACAGGAAUUAUUGCACAUUUACAAACGGACACUGCUGCACAGCAUGCUGGGUAAUGCUCACUAAUGUUAAAGUGUGAUUUUAGUAUAAAUGUAAAAAAUCUGCAGAUGAAGUCUCUCCUCUGAGCUUUGACAGCUUUGACUUUGAGUUAACACUAGAUUUACUAUCCUGCGCAAAUUUGCGUAACUUCCCUAAACCCAAUA